CCAGAGCCAGCGAUUCCUAUUGGCUGCCCAUGGCGCGAGGGCUGCUUCGUCUUCUUGAAAGUGGGCGGGGCUUCUUGAUUAUUUUUAUCCCCCUUUUCCUUCUUUCAGUCAAAAGGAAGCUGCCAAAAAGACAAGCGGCAUGUCUGGAGGCCGGGUCAAGAAAGUGAAGAUGGCCACCAAGUCCUGCCCAGAAUGUGACCAGCAGGUUCCUGUUGCAUGCAAAUCUUGUCCAUGUGGUUAUAUAUUUAUUAGUCGAAAACUCUUGAACGCUAAACGUUCGGAAAGGCUGCCGCCCACUGCAGAAAUCAGAAACGAGGCUAAGAGAAGACGGACAGAAAGGGUCAGAAGGGAGAGGAUAAAUUCCGUGGUAAAUAAAGACUUAGAAAAUCGAAGAAGAUCCCGGUCUAACAGCCAUUCAGAUCACAGUAGAAGAGGAAGAGGGAGGCCAAAGACUGCCACAGCGAAAAAGCACGAAGAUGAAAGAGAAAAACAAGAAAAAGAAGUAGACAUGUAUGCAAACCUGUCUGAUGAAAAAGCAUUUGUAUUUUCGGUAGCCUUGGCAGAAAUAAACAGAAAAAUUAUCAACCAGAGGCUUAUCCUGUGAUUGCCGGGACAGGACUUUUGCAUGCCUUGCUGUUUAAUUCAGGGGGUGACUUUGGGACGUUUGGCGGCCUCAUGACCGUUCCGUUGGGUCGCCUGCAUCAGAGGAGGCCAUAUGUUUUUUCCUGUUGGCUCCUCUGACCCACUUGCUCUAUCGUUUUGAGAUGUUUUGAGAGGCGGCGGACUUGGCGUUCCAGUUUGUGGUCAGGAAGCAAAGUGACCAACACUUUCCGCGAGGGAGAGAAGAAGCUCAAAAGCAACAUCUUAUAAAGACCGCUUCUAGAAGAACUUGGCAGAGUUUUUUUUUAAGAACUGUUUCUUUUGACGUUUCUGCCAUUGAAAUGCAAUAUUUUAAUUAACUUAAAUGUCUUUCACAGCAUUGAUUCCAGAUUUUCAGCUUAUGUUGAAGCUUACCUGUGUAUAUAGUUCAGCUAACCCUUUUAAUAAAUCAAUAUUCUGUUAUUUUAUUACAA